ACGCAGACCGUGGGGUAGCUAGACAAUGUGUUAGAGAGUUACUGCUGCUUCACUUGCAGGCAUGUCGUUCUGCUCAUUUGACGGUGGUGAGGUCUUCAAGGACCACUUCCAAACUGGUAUGUACGUAUGUUCAAAAUGCGGCUAUGAGCUUUUUUCUAGUAGAGCUAAAUAUAAGCAUUCAUCUCCCUGGCCAGCCUUCACCGAAACAAUCCACCCUGACAGCGUGUCUAAGUUUGUGGAGCGGCCUGGAGCUUUAAAGGUAUCAUGUGGAAAGUGUGGCAAUGGCUUAGGUCAUGAGUUUGUGAAUGAUGGUCCAAAAAAGGGCCAAUCACGCUUCUGAAUUUUCAGUAGCUCCUUAAAGUUCGUCCCCAAAGAUAAAGUCGAUGGUGCUUUGGCUGGACAGAACAAUAUGUCCUCAUAAAUAUGAGUGAAGAAGCAACAACGCACAUUUAAUGAGUGUCCUUGUGCUUAGCCAGUGUUGUUCAGUUUAUGAAGUACUCUGGAUAAACCCUUCAGUAGGAUGGCCAGCGUAUAGAUGAGCAAAUGACGGCACUGGUGCGCACCACAACUUCUAAACCGCCUAACAAGCAAUGACAUGCUCGCUAACAGCUUUAUUAAUCUUUUAAAGUUGCAUGGAAUGAUUUUUAACUUUUCAUUAGAUGUGGCCUUAAUGAAGCAAAGGAUAAAAAAACUGACAUUUAUAAAUUCAGGCAGAAGUCACUGCUUGAUUUAGACCUCAAGCUGUUGGACAUUUAAUUGAGGUCUGUUCUAUUUUAUUUGUUUCUGAAUCCUUUUUCCCAGCCUCGCAAACUCAGUGACUACAUUGAACCAGCUUUAAUCUUAAAAGACGUGUUUACUGUUUUAAACAUGAAAUUGCACUUCAGCCGCUGUGGUACUGCUUUCACUGAAAACCAUAUAAUCGCCUUGCCAGCAGCCAUUUUGAAGUUGUUACCGUGUAAGGUAAGGCCGUCUUCCACAGAGCAGUCCCCAGUGUUCUUCAUUGCCUACAGAAGCACAGUCCAAGUUCUGAUGCAGUAUGACAUCUUGGCCAGUGAGAGUCCUCUUCCCAGUGUCAUCUUGACAGAGCUGGUUGCCCUCUUUGGGGCUGACUUGGGGGUCAGAGAGUAACAUGCAGAGUUUGGAGACUUCAGCAGUUUCCGCUCUCCAUGCUGUUCUUGGCUUGCACUCUGGUGGACACGCACACUUGGCCUUGAAGCAUUUCAAGCACAACAGCCCUUUUUAUAUUGACUGACUCCUCAGGGUGCCGCCAAAGAAUCUUUAUGUUUACUGUCUUUCUUCUGAGUGAAGCACACAGAGAAGAAUUUUUUUAAAGACUUCUGUAAACGUUCAUGGUGACAAUUCUGUGAAAAAUGUUUGGAUUUGGUAGUUUUUUGGGAUACAUAUGUUUUGUGCAAGGAGAGCUAAUGGAAAAUCCAUUUUGCAUCUCAUCCAUUUUAAUAAGAAAGACUGAAGUGCAUUCAUUGUGGCUGCCUAUAAAUUAAAUAAACACUUGAUUCCUUGUA